AUGGGAGAACCAAUUCAUGACAUUCCGUUGGCGAGCUCAGCCCCACUCUCUCUCAGUGUUUUACCUGAGGGGCACGAUGCUUUUCAGCCUUACAAAGUCGAGAAGUUUGACGAAGGUCUUCGAUAUGACACUCUUCAAGUUCAUGGAGGACAUCGACCGGACAUAGAAACACAUGCUCGAGCUGUCCCAAUCUACAACAGUGUGCCAACUGUUGCAGUCUUCGAAAAACGGGCCGCCGCUUUGGAAGGAGGCACUGCGGCUGUAGCCACGGCCUCAGGACAGGCCGCCAUCUUCAAUACCAUUAUCGGCCUAGCAGGAGCCGGCGAUAAUGUUGUGGCCUCUAUCAACUUAUAUGGAGGCACCUACAGCCUUUUCAAGACACUGCUUCCACGGCUAGGGAUCACCGUGAAGUGGGCCAAACAGGAGACCCGAGAAGAGUUUGCCAAACAUAUCGACGAGAAUACCAAGCUCCUCUUCGUCGAAAGUAUUGGAAAUCCUCGCUGCAGCAUUCCUGAUCUUCAGGGAUUAGCAGAUGUGGCUCAUGAGAACCAUGUUCCAUUUGUGGUCGAUAACACAUUUGGUGCCUGUGGUACAUGGUGUCGCCCCAUUGAGUUUGGCGCCGACAUCAUCUUGCAUUCUGCCACAAAGUGGAUGGGUGGCCACGGUACCACCGUUGGCGGAGUCAUCAUUGACUGUGGCACUUUUGACUGGGGCGCAGCGGGUCACCGAUUUCCUCGAAUGAUCAAGAAAGAUGGCCCAAUGAGCUUCUCAUACUGGAAGGCCUUCGGCAAUAUUUCAUUUGCGAUGGCGAUGAGAAUUGACAUCUUGAUGGAGGUCGGGUCGAUUUUGAGUCCAGCCUCAGCACAGCAGCUACUCAUUGGGAUGGAGACGUUGAGUCUACGAUGUGAGAGACAUACCAAGAACACAAUGGCUGUGGCCCAGUUCUUGGAAUCACAUCCAAGAAUUGCGUGGGUCAACUAUCCCGGCCUGGAGAAAAACCAAUAUCACGACAACGCCAAAAAGUAUCUCAGAAACGGUUAUGGAGGUGUCCUUUCAUUUGGGCCCAAGGGAGGAGACGCCGCUAGCAAGAUGCUCAUGAACUUUGUCAAGGUUGUAUCUCAUCAAACAAAUGUUGGCGACUCAAAGACCCUGGCCACCCACCCUUGGAAUUCUACUCAUGUUAUCAUGUCUGAGAAGGAUAGAAGAGAGGCAGGCAUUACACCAGCAUUCAUUCGAUUCUCGGUUGGGACAGAGGAUGUUCGAGAUAUUAUCGAGGAUCUUGAUCAAGCUCUGGCGCGACUGCCGAAUGACAUUGUCAACGCCCAUGAUGAGCGGCUGGAAGCUAAGCUGGCGUCUGCUAAUAAUGGUUCAAAUACCGCUGAAUCCCUUGACAGCGUCGAUUUCAUAGAUGCGGAUGUUUCCUUGUCAAAGGCCAACGUCCCACUUGGACGUCAGACAGCAGUUGGAAACUGGUAA